UUCUCUGUUUAAGAUGGGCUCAGUAAUGCCCAGAAUUCCCUCUGCACAGGGCAGCGCUUCUAAAUUUACCCUCCUUGUGGUUAUUUGGUAUCUCCUGUCCAGUGACCAACGUUGCUCCCCUAUUGACAAUAUAACGUCGUCAGAUUUGCGAGGCAUCUUGGAGCGUUCAGCCCAGCACUACCUGCAUAUAAGACAGCAUCAUGGACCCUCUACUGAAUUUUUUUCCUGUCCAGAUGGAGAGAAGAUAAAGGUCAAUGGAAACUGUGUUCUUCAUGCACCUUUGUAUCGUGAUGACGACUCUCUGAAAAUGCUGCUCUUAAUAAACCCAAAGAAAAGAGACUCAGUUUUGGCUGUGUACUUCAAUAACAAGUGGUGGUGUGUAGAUGAUAUCUUACAAUCAUGUGUUCCAGUCCAACAAAGUCUGAAACAGGUUCAGACAUGUGAAGAAAGGAUUGUCCUCUUUGUUCUCAAUUGCCUGGUGUGUGGCUUUAUGGAGAGCGGUGAUUCAGAGAAUGGAGUUUGCUUUCUUCCACACUCUGCAGGGGAGCUGGCCAAGAUUUUCUGGCAUCGCGGAGAGGCUGUGGCAUUUUACACAUACAAAAACAAAGGCAACCUGUGUGACAGGAGCGGCCAGUGUUACAUGCUACCAGUGCUGGACACCAUCUAUGUGCGAAAGGAAUGGCGGCGGCAUGGUUUUGGAAUUGCAAUGUUGAAAGACUUUUGUCAGACUUUUUCACAAGAAGUUGCCCUUGGUAUCAGCUCACCUAUUUCUCCAAAUAUGUAUCACGUCUGUGGCAGAUUUCUAGCAGACAAUCACAAGGAACAGGAUCGUUUUUGGGAAGUGGAUCCCCCAGGUGACUGGAGCCAGCGCACCAAUAUUUGGUUACAGAUUCAGCUCGGUGAGACUCCAGUGAUAAAGAAUUGUUUUGGGGAGAGAUUAUCUGAAGACGCAGGAGGUCCAGGUCAUACCGCUUCAGCAGAGGAUGACCGGAAUAUUGGAUCUCCAACUCAUCAGCUCAGCAAGAAGAGGAAGAAGCAGGCCGAGAAAGUCUGUGAGACAAAGCAAAGUAAAAUAUGCUGAUGUGACAGCGGCUCACAUUAUACAAAAUGUUGGACAGAAGAUGAAUUAUGAAUUACAACCAACCAUUCUGAAUGCAUGGUGCUAAAGUAUUGCGCACUAUACCUUAAUUGGGCUUGGACUGCUUUGAAUACACAUUAUAGCAUAUAGUGUGGAGCACAAUUACACUGUGCACUAUGUAAGUUGCGCUAUGUCAUUUGCAUGUAUGGAGGAGGCUUUUGAGCUGAGCCCACUCCGUAAGCGGCAGGUGUAAUGCAGCUGGCACCUGGCUGCAAUGACCAGGAUCAUAGAUAACUCUGAUUCCUGGUCACUUGACACCUCAGAUGCCACGGUCAGUAGUGAUUGCGGCAUCUAAGGAGUUAGACAGAGGGAGGGGGCUUCCUCUGUCCCCUGAUCGGAGCUCCCGCAGCAAUU